AUGAUUUCGUCCAACCCAACCCUCAUCUUUGUGCACGGCGGAUGGCACCUGGCCGACUGUUUCACGAAUAUCAUCACGGAAUUAGAGCAAGAUGGUUAUCACUGCAUUGCUCCUCAGCUUCAAAUGUGCGGCACACCUGAGCCCGUCUCAUCUUUAGUCAGCACCGUUAACGUAAUUCACUACCGAGUCGCCCACCCUACCGAACCGCCCGCUCCGCCCGGUCCCUACUAA